CCAGCCAUGAACCUCAGCGCACGUCACAGGCAAACACAACAUCCGCAGCCUGGCAAUGGCUGCAAUGACACCAAUGUUAUAUUUAGCUAUGCUGACUAAUACCCGCCUACACAGAGCUUAUACCUUGACGUAACGUGCGUCCACAUUUAAAGUGGAUAUAAAAAUGAUAAGGCCACGAUAAAACGGAAGAAAACGUGACCUAUAAACAACACAAUUCAACCGAAACACAGAUGUUUGUAUGCAAACAAUUGGGCAAGUCAAGAUGUGCCAUUCCGAUGGACUCCAAUCUUCAAAGAGUAAAAAAAAAAAGUGCUUCAACUAAGAGAUUUAGCGUUUGCAGAUGGGGCACGGAUGGGGCCAGCUUAUUGUGCUUUUUUUUUUUUACAUUUAUCUUCCUUACAUAUAUAUAUAAUUUUUUUCAAUGGAAUUGUACAGGUUAUAGAUCAUAUUAUGAUAUCACAAGUGAUAUGACUGAUAACUGGUAUUUUUGCCUCAGAAAACCCUGCUAUUUUAACACGUUUGUCCACUUUGGAAGCCCUUAUAGCCCUUAUAUACUACUAUUACUAAUGCUGCUGCUAGAAUGUGAACACAGAACUUCUAUUAGCGUAACUUAACAUAUUUAAAGAUACUACCUUAAAGGUAGCAAGAGCAAUACACACCCUGCUGCUAAAAUAAUGCAUAUCGUGACACUUGAAGUACUUGCUCUGAGUCGCUACUGCUUAUUUUGCCUCCUCUAUUGUCAGUUGGAUUUUCCAGCCUUGCGAUUGACCACGAGAAAUUCUGCUGCUUAUUUCAAAUUGAUCUGGACUUCCCUGUGCAAAGCUGGAUGAAGCUUUUAGAGGCGAGGUGAGAAAGGAUUGAUGUCUGGGGGAAGCUUGUAUCUUGUAACUCCCACAAACAAAAGUGUCUGAAUGUUGCCUUUGGUGGUAUGGCGUGGUAGUCAGAUAAGUCGAUUAAAAUAUGUAAGUGCACCUUUAAAUUUGUCACAGGUGCUGGCGCCUGAAGGUAAGAGUAGAAGUUGAACUUUACAGAUAAAACACAAAAUAGCGUGUAUGUUGUCAGCUUAAUAAAAUAUUUAUUGUGUCCGUUUUUACUUGUUAUUUAUUUUAGGAUCACGGGGGUAUGCUGGAGCCUAUCCCAGCUGACUUCAGGUGAGAGGUGGGGGACACCCUGGACUGGUUGGCAGCCAAUCGCAGGGCACAAGCAGUCAUUCACACUCACAUUCACACCUAUGGACAAUUUCAGAGUCGCCAGUUAACCCAACGGGGGAGAAUAGGUAAUUACUAAUAAAAUUACUAAUUCAUUAACAAACGUGUGGGCUGGUAAAUUCCACACGGCAGACAUGUUUGUUUUUGUUGUGGCACGCUUGCUUGCUACCCAAUACGUUAGGGCAAGACACUACACAGUACGCAGGGGUCUCUACAAGCUGCAAUAGUACGAGCCACAGGUGAUCGGCUUUUGUAAUCGGCAUUUAUGGGCAUAUGCCGAUCAAGUACUUGGCCGAUACUGAUCGGUGGCCAAUCAAAGAAAAUGGUGGGUUUUUUAACUAUCGUCCAUGUAUGCUAUAUACUUUAGCUGUAUUAUUACAUAUUCAUAAAAUAUGAUUAACUCAUGACUCGUGUCAAAUUAAAGCAUUCAUUUGCAAUUAAUUAAUUACAGUCUUUUUUUAUCUUGUUGAUCUAAUUUUUAAUCUCUACAUUACUGUUUCGGUAUGCAAGUUACCUUUUUGUAAAAUCUGGUUUUGGGGUGGAAAACAAUGGUCAGUCACACCCCGAAGCGGACUUUGAUUAGCUGUCGCUGUGUUUGGCCUUGUUUAGCCUUAGCUGAGAGGCUCCCAUUGUAGUUGGGAGGGUUUAGUAGCGAAGAGGAGAUGUUAAAAUGAAUGUAAAUGUUGUGAGGAUUGUCGGACCAAUGAGACAUUUCUAAAAGAAAAGAGUGCUAUACCUUCUUUUUAAGGAAACGAAGCAACUGGUUUCGCUUACCACAUGAACGCAAAGCAGCCAGUCGCGAGUGCAGCCACGGCUAAAGUUAGCCAGCGAAGACAUUCCUAAUUCCAAACUAAACUCGAAAGAACACCCCACGUAUAAGCAUCUCUGAGAACGACAGGCUGAUGAACGUUCUUGCCAAGUGGAUAGCGAUGCACUGCAAGCCGAUAAACACAGUGGAAGACGAGGGGUUAACAGAGGUGCUGCAAAGUGCGUCCAGUGGCUCGUCAUACAUUCCACCAUGCAGGACUACAGUGACAACCAGAAUAAGGCAAGAUGUAUAACAGCAAAAAGACAACUUACAAACUUAAGAUUUUGGUGGAGGGUUUGCCCAACUGUGUUGCAAUAACCCGACAUCACUGGAACUCACUGGUUCAGUGUUCAGUACUUGUGUUGCUCUGAAACGUUUUCUUACUGUUUGUCUGAUGUGUUAACUUUAUGACGUUUUAUUUUAUCUUUAUUUUCCAAUGAUUUGGAGAUUGACAAAAGAACACAAUAUCCCCCCCUGGUGUUUGAAACUAAAGGUUGCAGGCAACACUUGGCACUCUCAAAUACAGUGGAAUGGAAAUGGCCAGGACUGAUUUGUUCAAGUCUGUUCAAAACAAUGAAUUACUUGUUUUAAAGCAAGCGUUUGAUCUGCCACAACAAUUUAACACAUUUAAAUGAAAAUACCUCAGUGGUUUUCAGGUUAGAUUAAAAAGAGAAUAAUUACAUAGUUAAUUAUAGCUCAUAAUUAAUUAAACUGUGCAUUUUUUAAAUCACUUGACAACACUAGUUAUGGUGAAUGAGAUGUGUUUGUUGGAGAAAAAAACGGCCUAUUUUUGGAGAAACGUUGAUUUUUGACCAUAAAUUAGCAAAUUUGCGGGACCAUGAAUGCCGAAUGCGACGUACUGGGAUCCACCGUUUACCAAACAACAACUACAGUCUAUUUGCUGUGACUGAAUGUGAGUGUGAUGUCGACCAAAGUUAUCCUACAGUCAUGGAAAAAAUGAUUAGACCACCCUUGUUUCUUUAGUUUCUUGUUCAUUUUAAUGCCUGGUACAAUUAAAGGUACCUUUGUUUGGACAAAUAUAACAAUGACAACGAAAUUAGCUCAUAAGAGUUAUAUUUUUUGGCAGUACAAUGCUAUAGCUAUUCAGUGAUGAAGUGAUUUUGGUUAUUAUCAAGAAAACCAUGGACGUUGCCAGACGUCAGCUCUUAAAUUAAACUCUUAUGUUGUUAUCAUCAUUAUAUUUGUCCAAACCAAGGUACCUUUAGUUGUACCAGGCAUUAAAAUGGAUCAAUAAACUGAAGAAAUAAAGGUGGUCUAAUUAUUUUUUCCAUGACUGUAUAUUAGUUAUACGCUUUUCCAUUAUUUUAUAAUUUUGGUGUCAAAUAUCUCUGGCUUAUAUUCAAUACUUUGUAUGGAACCACGCACUCGUGUCCACUUGCACACACCACCAGUGAGCACCUUGUCUGUCACCUUGUCUCGCCCCACCCUCCCAGACACAGGAGGGGAGGUGAAGCGCAGACAAAAAGGAAAUACGAGUGAACAGCAAUCAAGGUGAAGGAGACAUAGUUUGAGAGUGAACAUGAUUUGACGAGACAGACUUGGAAAUGAUUCAAGUACAACUCAGGAGGAGGAGAUAAGAGUGAAGAAAAAAGGCUGUUCUCUUUUUGGAUGUGCUACUCUGAGGUCGAGUUCAAGAUGGUGGACUUGUUCAUUGAUCGGGUCCUGGUGAAGAACAACAGGGACCAGGACGAGCUGGACACAGACCAUGAGAUCAUCACACGUCUGCAGAACCGCAUCUUGAUGCUCUUCUUUGCUUCUGCUGCAUGUGAGAGAUGUCAGCAUUUUGCACCGAAGCUCAGCGACUUCUUCAGACGCCUGACCGAUGAGUUCUACGUGGAUCGAUCUGCUCAGCUGGUCCUCCUGUAUAUUAGUUUGGACCUGUCAGAGGAACAACAAGAGAACUUCCUCAAAGAGCUGCCUAAGAAGUGCCUGUUCCUCGCCUAUAAAGACCCCUACAGGAGAGAGCUGGAGGACAUGUUUAACGUGGGGGAGCUCCCCACAGUGGUGGUCCUGCGCCCCGACUGUUCUAUCCUCAUCCCAAAUGCAGUGGACGAAAUACUUCGCCUUGGCCCUGACUGCUUCCGCAACUGGCAGGAAGCAGCGGAGAUUCUCGACAGGAACUUCAUGCUCACAGAGGACUUCCAGGAGAAGUCCAUGCGAAGUUUCACAGAUCCUGUCAGGAGACUCAAGUACAAGGUGGAGGACGACAAGAAGAAGAAGAAAGAGGAGAAAAGAGGGCGGGAUGGAGGGGGAAAUGAUGUCGAGGCUGACGGAAAAGGAAGAGGAGCGUUGCCAUGGUGAUGAGAAGAGUACUACGACGAUAUUGACUGAGAAAGUUUCUGAAAGUUGUUAUACUGUAUACUGUAUACCUCUACCAAGGAAGAUUUGGUCCCAUUCAUUGGUAUAAUUAUCUUUAAGUAGGGUCACGCAAACACAUUAAAAUAUAUCAUGCAUGAAUCA